AGGCGUCCUGAGCGAACGCCUGUUAAGAUUGUUUUACAUGUGUCUUGUGCUUUCUCGGGUGGCUGAAACAUUUGCUGUCUCCCUUGAUGACGAGUGUCACCCCUUUGCAUAGGACUGCAGGCUGCCGGAGCUGAAAUCACCUUGUGAUUGGUCCAGUUCUGGCCGGGUCCCAUGCUGUCCUGGCUGGAGCAAUGUGGGCUUGCAAUGAGGUGUUAGAACCUCGUUUCCCAUCAUCCGAGUGACUUGACCUAAAUGGCGCAGCAUGACUUUGCUCCAGCCUGGCUUAGCUUCCCUACACCACCAUCAUCCACAAAGACCACUUUAAAUACUGAGAAACAAUCUGAUGGUUUUAUGCGACUGGAUGGUCGAUUCAACGACAUACGGAGACGUCACAAUUCUUCAGAUACAUUUGAUUCCGCAUUUGGUCGCUCCAGUGGUGGGAAUAUUGUGAAAAAAGAAAAGAAUGGCUGGCGCUCACAAGGCAGGGCUCUAUCGGAGAACAUAAAUCACAGCGGUACACUGAAUGGCACAGGCUCCUGCUCUCGUAGCAGCACGUUUCAAAGUGGAAAAAGCCAAGGGCUUCAUGAGGGGAGUUUUUCAGAGAACGAAGCAACUCGAAAAGAUGACCACGAAAGACGCAAGCGUUUUGAAGCCGAAGACUUUCCUUCUCUAAACCCAGAGUGUGAAAAAGAGUUUAACCAAAAUAAGUCUGUAGCUGCAGGAGUAUGGGAAUAUCCUUUGAAUAGUAAGUCCAGACCUUCACGAAUGCUGGUCAUUAGGAAAGGGAUGAAAGAUGACUUCUCACUGUCUGGAUAUCCAAUUGCAACAAGUUCUCGCUCACCUGUCGUGAGGAGUGGAACUGAUGCUCCCAAGAGCCUUGGACCCAAAGAAGCAAGUCCCGCUCAGGAACAGAGUUGUCUGCAGUGGGAAGAACACGAUCUGGAAAAUCUGGAUUCUUCUAAUGAAAGCUUCAGACCAAAUCAGUGCGCACAUCCGGAUGCUCUGGAUGUGUGUCAGACCGGAGGCGAUGAGGAUAUGGAUGGCUCCAGUCUGCAGAACAGGAGAAACACCUGUCCUGAGCGGGAUAUCAACUUAAACUUUGAUCAGGGCAAAAUCCCCCAAGGAACAGGAAAUUCCUUCUCUUCCGGACAGAUCACGCGGUCUUCUACCUUUCCUCAGGAGGAUGUUCUUUCAAGCUCACUGGAAGCAGAACACAGGUUAUUGAAGGAGAUGGGCUGGCAGGAGGACAGCGAGAACGAUGAGAUCUAUGCACCACUCACUGAGGAUGAGAUGAAGGAGUUCCAAGCCAUCAGUGAACAGCUACAGAAGAACGGGCUUAGGAAGAACGGGCUCCUGAAAAAUGGCCUUUCUUUAGAGUUUAGGUUUGAUCCUUGGAAUCGCAGCACUUUCAGAACGACAUAUGAGGACGACGAUACCGAGACCAGCAGCAGCGACACAUCGGAUGAUGAUGACUACUUGUGAGGCGCCCUCCGACACUUGUUAAGGGGUUAAUGUUGUCCUGAAGAUGAAGACUACUUCUCUUCCCGGAGGCGUUUCUGCUAUUUUCUU